CUGCAUCAUUUUUAGACAGGAUGUUCCUGAUUUUCGCAAUAUUACGUAGGUGAAAAAAGGCGGUCCUUGAAAUUUGCUUAAUGUUAUAAUAAUUUCCUCCUCGUUAAGCCACAGGGUGCCUCAGGAAUGUAAUGUUACAUUUUAGGUUUAAUAAAUCAACUUAACCAGUCUUCAGAUUUUAUAAUUUAGGUGUUGGUGUGUUUUCUAGAUUAUCUUUAGAUUAACUGAAUAAGUGCCAGAUUAUAUUUAUUCUCAUCCAGUUUAAAUAUUUGAUCAUUUUCAUCCAACAGAUGCACAAAUGACCCUUUGUAUUUGCUUUAGCUCAGAUAUUGUUCCGGGACAUUAUGGGAACUAAAGUUAUCUUUAGAAAUCAUUUUCCAGAAUAACAGAGAGGUUAACAGAUAAUUUAGAUAUUUCAAAGUCACAUCUGAACAAAGACUGAAGCGAAGGGCUCGACCCAACGUAUCACCAGCUCUGUGAGCUCACAGGAGCACAAUUAAUGAGUUAACUGGUAGAAAUAGAAAAUCCACUCCUGCUUUUAUAGAUAAUGAUGGUCAUUUCUUAACAAAGUCUGUAGAUAUAGCUAAUUAUGUCAAUAAUUAUUUUAUAAAUAAAGUGGACACAUUAAAAAAGAAAAUUAUAGCAAAUAUUAACACAUCUCAUUUACAAAUAAAAAAUAAUAUAAUGAGAGACAAAACCUGUAUAUUUAAAUUUGAAAAAGUAACAGAGUGUGAGGUUGCAAAAAUGAUAAGUAAUAUUAAAAAUAAACCACCAGGUGUUGAUGACAUGGAUGGAAACCUCCUGAAGAUGCCGGCAGACUUAGUAGCUCCAGCCAUUUGUCACAUAGUAAAUCUGAGUCUUACCACAGGUGUAUAAAAAAGAUUAUUCCACUAUUGAAAGACAAAAAGCUUUUUUUCUGGUAAAAAUAGCCGACUAAUACACCUGUUAACAACUAUAGGCAAGAUCAUGGAGAACAUUGUAUACAAACAAGUCAACAACUAUUUCAAGAAUUAUUUACUCUUAUCAGCAUGCAUACAGAAAGGGCCAUUCAACAGCUACCGCUAUGACAUUCAUCAUUAAUCGAGAAACUAGUGGCCUACGGAUUUGAUAAAUCAGCUAUAACGUGGUUUAACAGCUUCUUAACUGGUCGAACACAAACCGUUUUCUUUAAUGGUUGUUAUUCCAGCGUCAAUACUGUGACAUGCAGAGUUAGCCAAGGAAGCAGUCUUGGUCCUUUACUGGUUUUGACUAAGGCAAAAACAGUAACGUAUGCUGAUGACUCAACAAUAUAUGCAUCAGCACAUCAGAGUUAAAUGCUGUGGUGGAUUGGAUAAAUGAAAACCAUUUAAUUUUAAAUUUAUCAAAAACCCGCUGUAUUGUACUUGUUGUUCUGAUCACGCCUUAAAUCAAAAUCCAUUAUUAAAUGUUAAAAUGCAUGAUACCCAUAUUAAACAAGUCCAAGAAAUUAAGCUUUUAGGAAUGAUAGUAGAUGAGAAGUUAUCAUGGUCAAACAUAUAGAUUGCAUGUGUGCCAAAAUGGGUAAGGCUAUCACUGUGAUUAAAAGAUAUGUAAAGUUCUUAACAUGUAAAACUACCACAAUAGUUGCACAAUCACUAAUAUUGUCGAAUCUUGACUAUUGUCCAACCGUAUGGUCCAAUGCCACGGCUGAAAAGAUCAGAAAGUUAUGAAUUAUACAGAAUGGAGCAGCAAGGAUGGUACUUCGUUGUGACUAUUACACAAGCACAAAACUCAUGCAUGCAAAAUUAAAUUGGAUGUCGGUUUAUGACAGACUUUCAUAUUCCUUAUUGACAUUUGUCAGGAAUAUUUCUGUCACCAAAACUCCUCAGACUCUCUACCAAAAUCUUUUGUUCAGUGUUGACAUCCAUAAGUCUGCUACCAGACAUGCUUGUGCAAACAAAUUUAUUUCACCAAUUACAGAAAGAGAACAUUCAGUUUUAGAGCAAUGCAGGAAUGGAACCUACUCCCCAAACAAAUAACUCUAAUAGAAAACCAUCCUAAAUUUAAGAUUCAAUUAAAAAAGUUCAUUUAAAAAAAUUCUAUUAAAUCAUUUGUGUAACAGCAACUUUUUGUGCUUUUUUAUUGUAACAUUCACUGUAUGUUAAAUUUAUUGGAGAUGGGGGUUUUAAGAAUAAUUUUUAUCAACAUUAACUGUCUUAUAACUUUGUGAAAACUGUAUUUAAAAUUUCUGUAUGGUAUAAAAACUGAAAAUUGUGGCUGGUUGAUUUUGAAAUGUUUUGUAAUAUUCAUGCAAACCUCUUUCUGGACCCCAGGAAGAAUAACACUAGCUUUUGCUGUGCUAAUGGGGAUCCAAAUAAAUAAAUAAACAAAUAAAUAAACAGCUGGUUACGGCCACGCCUGAGCGCGAGCAGGUGACGUCCUGCUGUGACGUCAUUAUGUUUCUAAAAGAAACUGAUUCAGGUGUAAUUUUAUUUGUUUGUUUUUCUAAAUGAUCUCUUGUCCAACACUGACUCCAGUCCAGCAGGUGAUGCACCUCUAACCCAAAAAACACCAAAGAAGAAGAAGAAGCUGCAGUUCCUCUCCGGGCCUGCAGGGGGCGCCGGCGGCUCGUCAGCUAACUGUCAUGGCGGCUCCCUGUCGCAGGUUUAUUUCACGGUGAAACUGAACUCGCAGAUAUUAAGUCUUUAUUUCAGGAUGAGCUGAGAGAAGAAACUGAACUCUGUCAGGUAUGAAUGUGAUGUCAUCAGUGAUGCGGGGCGCCCGCCGGCUCGCCCACGCCGACCCGAAUCUGCUCAGCCACUUCCUGCCUCCGUCCCUCCGCUGUCCGUCUCGAAGCCCCGCCCCCCUGCUCACCUGUCGACAGAACAGGAAGUUCGCCUCCAAACAGGUCAAAGGUCAGAAAAAAGACCAGAAGAACCCGAAGGUCAAAGCUAAAGUGGACAAACAGGAAGUGGAGAUCAGACAGAGGAUGACGGCGGCGGCUCUCGCCGAGGCCAUGAACAAAGACUUUGAUCACGUGCUGGAGGCCCUGCUGAACACCUCGGUGGAUGUGGACUCCUUGGAGCCGGACUCGGUUCUGGAGGAGAGGUGGAUUAAGGAGGUGGUGACUCGAUCAGGGAUGAAGUUCAGGUGGGCCAAACUGAGCGAGAGCAGAGAAAGACCCAACAGAGACGCCCACAGGAGACCUCCAGCGGACCCGUCCAGCUUGGUGCCCCGCCCCCCGGUGGUCACCAUCAUGGGUCAUGUGGAUCACGGUAAGACCAGCCUGCUGGACAGCCUGAGGAAGAGUCAGAUCGUCUCCACGGAGGCCGGCGGGAUCACGCAACACAUCGGAGCUUUCCUAGUGCAGCUGCCUACAGGUGAGAAGAUCACCUUCCUGGACACACCUGGCCACGCCGCCUUCUCCGCGAUGAGAGCCCGCGGAGCCAAUGCCACAGACAUCGUCAUCCUGGUGGUGGCGGCCGACGACGGCGUCAUGAACCAGACGGUCGAGUCCAUCCAACACGCCAGGAGAGCCAAAGUCCCGAUGAUCGUGGCGGUGAACAAGUGUGACAAACCUCAGGCCGACCCUCAGAGGGUGAAACAGGAGCUGCUCGCCCACGAUGUCGUCUGCGAGGAGUUCGGAGGAGACGUCCAGGCGAUCCACAUCUCAGCUCUCAAGGGCGACAACCUGAUGGCUCUGGCCGAGGCCACGGUGGCGUUGGCGGAGGUUUUAGAGCUGAAGGCAGAGCCCAGCGGCCUCGUAGAGGGACUCAUCAUCGAGAGCCGCACCGACAAAGGCAAAGGUCCUGUGACGACAGCCAUCGUCCAGAGGGGAACGUUGAAGCGAGGUUGUAUCCUGGUGGCGGGGAAGAGUUGGGCUAAAGUCCGUUUCCUGUUUGACGAGAACGGGCGAGCGGUGCCGGAGGCCGGGCCGAGCGCUGCGGUGGAGGUGGUGGGCUGGAAGGAGCUGCCGUCUGCUGGAGAGGUUCUGCUGGAGGUGGAGUCGGAGCAGCGAGCGAGGGAGGUGGUGGAGUGGAGGAGCUACGAGGAGGAGCAGCAGAAGCUGCAGGAGGAGCAGAGCGUCAUCGAGCUCAAACAGAAAGUCCACCUGGAGGAGUACAGGAAGGAGAGGGCGGGGCUAUCUCACCUGAGCUGGAGGCAGAGGAAGUCUGCUCUGUACCGUGCCAACAAGACCAAGUACGCCGUGAGGCCGAGCGAGAGGACUCAGAGGGACGAGCUGAGCCUGCCACUCAUCAUCAAAGGUGACGUGGACGGGUCGGUGGAAGCCAUCCUGAACAUCCUGGACAGCUACGACGCCCAGGAGCAGUGUCAGCUGGAGGUUCUUCACUUCGGCAUCGGAGACGUUUCAGAGAACGACAUCAACAUGGCCGAAACAUUCGGAGGUUCCAUUUACGGCUUCAACGUGGCGGCCAGCAGGUCGAUCCAGCAGCUGGCGGCGAAGCGCGGCGUCCCGCUGCGACUGCACAACGUCAUCUACAAACUGAUGGACGAGCUGAAGGACGAGCUGAGCAGCAAACUGCCGCCGCUGCUGUCGGAGAAUGUGCUGGGUGAAGCCACCGUCCUCGCCAUGUUUGACGUCUCCGUGGGGAAGAAGAAGGUUCCCGUCGCCGGCUGUCGGGUUCAGAAAGGUCAGCUGGACCGGCGGCUCAAGUUCAGGCUGAUCCGAGGCCGAGACACCGUCUGGGAGGGUUCUCUAGUGGCGCUGAAGCAUCACAAGGACGACGUGCAGACGGUGAAGACGGGGAUGGAGUGCGGCCUGUCGGCUGACGGCGACGUGGACUUCAGACCCGGCGACACGGUCGUCUGCUUCGAGGAGCAGGACGCGCCGCAGGUCACUUCCUGGGACCCCGGCUUCUAAUAAAGACUUCAUUUCCCAUCAUCCUCUGCUGCUCAGAGGCUCGGUCUGAUAAACAGGAAGCUCAGGAGCUGCUGACGCACUUCCUGUUCACCUGGAGACUGAAGCUGAUAAUUUAAUGAACGUUGUCCCUGACCACCUGCCCUGCCCGUGACCACCUG